AUGGAGACGCCUCCUUCAAUUCUUUUGGAUCUGAGUCUCUACAAAGAAGCCGCUUUUUUUCCUACUUUGGGUCAAAGCACCAUUCACGGUCUCACCCAUGUACCUUCCCAAUCCUCCAUCGAUUGUGGGGAAGAAAGAGGUUGCCGAAAGUAUGACCUUCUCGUUGCUUCCCUACUUCCUGGUGGUGAGAGUUUCUCCUCCGCCCGUUGCUGCAAUCUCUACUCUUUCAGUUCUGGUCGUAAACGCCUUGCAACCUCCACUAAAUCCUUCGAUUUCAUGUAUCUUCCCGUUGCUGAUAUUGUCUGCAUAAAGGCUUUCUAUGACGACCAGUCGCAGCACUAUGUGGUUUCGAUGGGGCUGGUGAAGGAUAACUCCAAUGCGGGUCCGGUGCAAGUCUACACGAAGCUGAUCGAUGCAGUACUGUCUGAGGUGACUGAAAAAUCGGAUGGAGAAGAGGAAGGGAAGCAAUACGACUCAGAAGUACCCCCAUCGACGAAUUCAGCAGACGAAACUCAAGGCCACAAGCCUGCGACUUCUACAACUGUCAACUCCGUUUUUGGUGUGAUCGACAAUGCCUCCGCGUGCAGUCUAUUCCCAGAACUGAAAAAUUUGCCACUCAAAGUAGUGACCUUCAUGGAUUUCCUUCUAUUGCUGGACGGUGACACUCACUAUCGAAUGUCGGCUUUUGGCACGCUGGACGGAUGGAUUGGUGUUGGGCUGGUAAAAAUGGCUGGACCAGGUUCGAUGGUUCUGAGGCCAUUCUUCGCGCACUGUCCAAGAAGCCUUGCUACAAUGAUUGUUUUCGUUGAAAUUUUUGCGAAUUUCCAGGCUUUCUAUUCCACUUCACACGAUUCAGCCAUUACAAAGCUGAAAUUUUUCCGUCAAUUCGAUCAAAAUUCCACCUCCCCAUCGGAUGUUUCUCUGCUGGUUUGCUCUGGUCUUGAACCUGCCGUGGUUUACCGUUGCCCUUUCCAAGACAAUCCUGAUGGUGGUAAGCUGGCCCCAUCUUCUCGAUUAGUGCUCCCUCAGAGCGCUGAUUUCGACCACGUUAAUUGCGCUUGUGUGGCUGAUCUCGACUUUGAUGGACUCCCAGAGAUUGUUGUGGGCACUUUCGGACAGCAGCUGCUCUUCUAUGAUUGGACUAGCGACCCUCAUUCGCCGACCGAAGGCUCUUACGUACUGGUGCAUCAACGACGGAUGGUUGGCGCUGUCCACAGUCUGGAAUGCGGUGGUGAAUGCGACUUUCUCGGCGACGGUACGCGUUGUAUAGCGGUUCUAACCUCCCUCGGUCUCCAUCUACUGCAAUGCAGUCACCUCUCCGACUUUUGCGUGCCUCUCCUCGCCGCGCGUCUUCGUUCUCUCCCUCCCAACUUCCGUUGUGAAUCAGUCGUGCGGUGCUGGUACAUUGGCACCUAUUUCGCUUCAACUCCAUCCGUUAGACAAACCAUAUCUACAGAUGAGGAGGCUGUGCUCUACUCUGUGUGGUUAUAUUGUACCGCACUGUACGGACCGUCUUCAAAACUAAACUGA